CCUUCAUUCUUUCAAGAGACAUGGCAUUAUUUUCAGGCAAAUAUUUUUGCUUUAUCGUUGCUCUCUUUGCAAUCUCAUUUAAGCCAUGUUCUUGCCAUAAUAAUACCCGUUGGAACAGUGCCGGCAUCACUUGGUAUGGCGACCGAGAAGGUCCUGGCAGCACAGGAGGGGCUUGUGGAUUCGGUGAUGCAGUAGCAAAACACCCGUAUCAAUGUAUGGUUUCAGCCGGAGGACCUUCAUUAUUCAAAGAUGGAACGGGUUGUGGGGCAUGUUAUAGGCUUGUAUGUGACCAUCCAUUAUGCAACAAAAGACCGAUCAAGGUGAUGAUAUCAGAUGAGUGUGCCGGCUGCACGAAGGAGGCGUUCCAUUUUGAUCUUAGCGGUAAGGCAUUUGGUGCAUUGGCCAAACGUGGCAAAGGCGAUGAAUUACGUAACCUUGGAGAACUAAAGGUUAGGUACAAACGUGCAUGUUGCAAACAUCCUAAGAGUAAAAUAGCUAUUCAUGUCGACGCCGGAGCAAACCCUUACUACAUGUCGUUCGCCGUUAAGUUUGCAAACGGUGAUGGAAACUUUGCAUGCGUGGAGAUUCAACCGGCUGGUGGAGAAUACUUGAAAAUGGAGGAGAUGAGAUCCGCCGUUUGGAAACUUAACCCAGGCUGUGCAUUGAAAGGUCCGUUCAACGUCCGGCUUACCUCCGCAGUGACCAAAAAAGUGAUCGUUGCUAAAGCUGUUAUCCCGGAGAAAUGGAGUCCCGGUGCUAUUUACCAUUCCCUCGUUAACUUCGCCACUCCCAAGAAACGUAGUCCCAAGAAACAUUAAUGAUUGAUUUUUUCCCUUCACACAAAUAGUAAUGUUUGGGAAAAAAAACGUGGGGUGUUGAGGUUGCUAGUAAAUUGUUUUGAUAAUUGUAACAUUGGUUAUGUAAUUCAUAUGGGCUAAGAGUUGUAGUCGGAUGGCCUACAAAGCCCAUGAUUUUUUACAUAUAUAAACCGAUUUGGUUCAACU